GUCACGCUGAACAGAUCGUGCAUCGUAGCUCCGUCGAGUUCAUCAUCUAAAAGCUUUUUUUUUUACCAUCUUAUUCCUAUUUAUAUAAUAUAACUUAUUAGUUUUACAUAGGAAUACUUUACCGUGACGAUUAUUGAGCAGUACUACCACGUGAAACUAUUUAUCACUAAUAAACACCCAGUGUUGUUAGCAUAUAGCCCACUAGCAUCCACACGGUGGAGGCUGAAGCUAGCAUUUUCCGAUCUAAUGGCGGAUUCAUCUGAUAUAUGCUUUUCUGACCUAUCCUCACCUGAGCGGGAAGCUGUGGAGGAGUUGUUUCCCGGUUUUAGCAGAUCCAAGGCGAGGUACAGCGCCCACUUCACCCUGCCUUCCGACGUCCACAAGCGAGCAACAAACAUGCAUUCCACGCGAUGCAGCUUCACGGACCGUGAACGACAUGAAAGCGAUCGGGAAGCUGUGGAGGAACCGCUGCCCGGCCUUCGCAGAUUCGGCAAGCCAAACAUCACCCUGGCCCCAAACGUUCGCAGGCGACCGAGGCGUGUCACAACCGAACACCCCACGCGAUGCAGCUCCGGGGACCGCGUUCGGGUAAACGAAGACGCCAUCGCCCAGCAUGAAAGCGGUAAGACUCCGCUUGUUAUUGUAACAUGUACUACUUGCCACAUGUAUAGUUUAGCUUCUGCUGUUAGCAUAGAGGGGUUUACAUGCACUAAGUGUAUUGAAGUAUUAAGGUUAACUGAGAAGGUUGCUGAACUAGAAUCGCGCAUCCGAACGCUAGUUGAGGAUAGCAAAACCGCUAAUGUUACUGUCGCAAAUAAUCUAUCAAGCGAAAAGACUAAUGGCUCGGUUCCGACAUCAGAUGCUAAUAUAAAUAUUACAAAUACUGUAUCGAGCGCGCAUAGUGUUUAUCAAAAUACACAUGGCUCGGUUCCGUCAUCAGAGUCAAGUCGGCGGUCAAACUGGGUGACUGUUAGGCGGCAUAGUCAUAUAAGGCGUCCUUCUAAGACCCAUAACGUAACGACAAUUUCUAACAGAUUCGAUCCCCUAAGGAGUAUACCAGCUGAAACACCUUUUAAAAGUGCCCUGGUCAUUGGAGAUUCUAUACUCAGGAACACUAACAUUGAGGCUCCAAACACCAUAGUCGACUGUAUACCGGGAGCCAGAACGUCUGACAUUAGAUCCAAACUUAAAGUGCUGGCUAAUGCUAAGCGGAAGUUUUCUAAGAUUGUUAUUCACGCCGGCACGAAUGACACUAGGCUCCGCCAGUCGGAAAUCACCAAAGAUAAUAUUAAGGAGAUGUGUGAAAUUGCAAAAACAAUGUCAGACAAUGUAAUAUGCUCUGGUCCUCUCCCCGCCUACCGGGGAGAUGAAACACAUAGUAGAUUAGUGUCUCUCAAUGGAUGGAUGUCAAAGUGGUGCCCUCAGCAUAACGUAGGGUUUAUAGACAAUUGGAAGCAUUUCUGGGGAAGACCAUUUCUCCUAACCCGAGAUGGCCUUCAUCCGUCAUCGGAAGGAAGUGCUAUACUCACUAAAAAUCUGAUCAAUAGUCUUAAUUCUGAUAUAGUAUGACUAUCCAGGGCCCAGGUCAGGAAACAGACGGAUCGGCUUAACCGUCCAUCUGUUAGCUGCCGUGAUAUGUCAAGACCACUUAUAUCCCAGCACUUCGAGUCAAUCUUACCGAAAUAUCAGCACAUUUCAACUGUAUCUGUUCCCCGAACAAAUAAAUACAGGGCACCGCUUGUUACAUCUGGUACAAAUCUGAUUCAAAUAAAAUUAGAAAACAAUACAUUAACAGAUGAAUCUCGAAUCUUAAAAUUCGGCCUUCUUAACAUUAGAUCGCUUACCAAUAAAGAACCUAUUGUCAAUGAAAUAAUUACAGACCAAAACUUAGAUGUACUCUGUUUAACAGAAACCUGGCUUAAAGCAGACGACUACAUUAGUUUAAAUGAAUCCACCCCACAAGACUACUAUUAUAAACACGAACCUCGAUUAAAGGGGAGAGGGGGUGGUGUAGCUACAAUAUACAACACAAUGUUUAAAGUAAACCAAAAAUCUGAGCUAAAAUUUAAAUCAUUUGAAGUAAUGUUGUUAAAUAUGGAAAUAACUGAUCGUAACCACAAACAGCUUU